AUGGAUACUGGUAAUAAGAUGAAUUUAGACGGCGAGAAUAAAUCUUCUGAGACAUAUCAAUCGGUAGUGGAUCUGUCAAAAUCUUAUGAAGCUCAAAUAUCGAUUAACUUGAUAGAUUCUCAAACAAAUACAAGACCUGAAAACCAGAGAACAUCUAAAGCUAUGGUGUGGGUUCAUUUUCCAGGUUUGAGUUUAGAAUAUUGGGAUGAAGAAACCUUAUUCAAGUUAAGCAGAGCUCUGGGUGUUCCAGUUAAGGUGGAUGAUGCUACCUUAAAUUAUCAAAGCGGGUACUAUGCAAGAGUUUUGGUAGAGAUUGAUUUAGCAAAAACAAUACCAAAUAAGCUUUGGAUUAUUACCAAGUAUGGAUGUUUCUCUCGAAGUGUUGUUCUAACUAAUUUACCUAAAUUUUGUUGGAAAUGUAAAAUUGUUGGUCAUCAGCAUUCUGAAUGCAUAAUUAAAACUCAAACAGAGAAGCCUAUUGAGCAAGGUCCUUCUACUGAGAAGCAACCAGAAGUUCCUCAAGCUCCAACUCCAGAGAAGGUUCAUGAGGUGGUAAUGGAACCAUUUGAUAUAGCUCCAACUCCAGAGAAGGUUCAUGAGGUGGUACAUGUUUCAAAUGUUGAUAUUUCAUCAUCAAGUAAUAUAUCAAGUACAAUUAAAAUUUCUAAAGGAAAAUUCAGUCCAUUAUAA